GGCGAAUUGGUUCCUUCCCUGCCUGCUGGAGCCUCGGCUUCCCAGUCGGUACCGGUAGCACAAAUCUCACGAAAGGAGUCCUCCGGGUGGAACCAUGACGGUCAAGUUCGCGCCGCUCAACACCCCGCUGGCACGGUGCCUGCAGACCGCUGCGGUGCUGCAGUGGAUCCUGUGCUUCCUCUUCCUAGUGCAGGUGAGCAUUGGGAUCAUGGUGAUGCUGGUCCUGUACAACUAUUGGUUCCUUUACAUCCCAUAUCUGGCCUGGUUUUACUAUGACUGGAGAACCCCAGACCAAGGAGGCAGAAGAUGGAACUGGGUCCAAAGCUGGCCUGUGUGGAAGUAUUUUAAGGAGUAUUUUCCAAUGUGUCUCAUCAAAACGCAUGAUUUGGAUCCGGGUCACAAUUAUAUAUUUGGGUUUCACCCUCAUGGAAUAUUCGUGCCUGGAGCCUUUGGAAAUUUUUGUACAAAAUACUCAGACUUCAAGAAGCUCUUUCCUGGCUUCACGUCGUAUCUCCACGUGGCCAGGCCCUGGUUCUGGUUCCCGCUGUUCCGAGAAUAUCUGAUGAGUAACGGGCCGGUUUCAGUGUCUAAGGAGGGUGUGUCUCAUGUGCUGAGCAAGGAUGGUGGUGGGAACGUCUCAAUCAUUGUCAUCGGAGGUGCAGAGGAGGUGCUGGAGGCUCACCCAGGAGCAUUCACCCUGUGCCUCCUACAGCGCAAAGGGUUUGUUAAGAUGGCCUUGACCCAUGGUGCCAGUUUGGUGCCAGUGUUUUCUUUUGGUGAAAAUGAACUCUAUAAGCAAAUUAACAACCCCAAAGGCUCCUGGCUACGAACUAUACAAGACACGAUCCACGAUUUAACGGGAGUAGCCUUGCCAUUGAUCUAUGCCAGAGGAGUUUUCCAGAACAGCUUUGGCAUAAUGCCCUACCGGAAGCUGAUCUACACCGUUGUUGGCCGCCCCAUCCCUGUUCAGCAGACGCUGAACCCGACCUCAGAGCAGAUCGAAGAGCUGCAUCAGACAUACAUAGAGGAGCUAAAGAAACUGUUCAAUGAGCACAAAGGGAAAUACGGUAUUCCGGAGCAUGAAACCCUGGUUUUUAAGUAACCGUCUCCCUCCAAGGCAUAAUAAAGGAAGUCAAGAAAGCAUUGUUGAGAAAAUAAAUAUUUUAAAUAAUUUCUCUG